CCACCACCAGUCUGUGUUUUAUUCAGGACUCACUGACACACAUUUCGACCUUUUUCCAGGUCUGAUCUGCACAUCUGUAUGCAUGCUGGCCUCACAUAAGAUUUCUCUUUUUACAUUUCCCUUGCUCUCCUUGGGCUGCAGCUAGAAGUUAAGUGGAAAAAGUAGUCUUGUUUAGCAUUACCUUCAGAAUUUCCCUAGAAGUUCUCUAUGUAAAUUUUCAGCUUGGAGACCAAUCCGGCAUGACUGUAAAUGCAGGAAAUAUAUAUUCAGUUGCUGUGUUAUGUCAACUUUAUGGAGUCAGUAAUCUUUUUUCUUUCAAAUGAGUGUCCAGUAGCCCACUUUCUGACAUCAAAUUGGAAAAAGGCUCAUUUAAUCAGGAGAAAUGUACCACAUUCUAAGUUGAGAAAAGUCUGUGCAAGGCAGGCCAGCUUAGCUUCUUAGAAUAAAACUGCAGGCAGUUCAUGAUGUUAUAUACUUAAAACUGAGCAGUUCCACUGCCCCAAACAAGUAAGUUCAGACACUCAGCUCUUUUCUUUGUUCUUAUCUCCUUGCAAUAUGUAAAUGGAGAUUACAUAUUGAGGUUCCUGUGGCCUCCCUAGAAGCAGUGUCUAAUCAUAAGACUCCUGGUUUGGUGCCUUCAACGUUUGCAUAAUACUGUGUUUGUUGGGCUGGAAGGGAACUUCAGGGCAAGGCAUUUGUCCUCUAAAAGCUUGCAUUAAAAUGGCUCCCACAGGUUUGGAGAGCCAAGAUCUGUUUUCAAAUGUAUAACCCCCAGCAAGUUCCCAACCCUGGACCAAGCUAGCCACUUUUCCUCUCGUACUGUGGCCCCCACCAAGCAUGAGUCUGUAAAAAGUUAAUUGCUUUCAAAGUAGCAUUAUUUUCCAGUUUCAGGAAGUGGUGGUGGUGGUGGGGGAUAAAUGUCUGCAUUGCAGCAUGACUAGGUAGGGACGGCAGUGCUGGCUCCCAGAGCAGCCCAAUGGGGUUUCUACUCUAGCUUUUAAACCAAUAGACAUGGAUGAAAGGUUAAAGAUUGACAAUUGCAGUGGCUGAACUAAGAACAGGCCUUCUGGAAAUUUCUACCAUCUUUGUUUCUUUUAGGAAAAGCAGAUGUGCCAAGCGGAAGAGUCUCCUACCUUCCAUUCCUAGGUCAUCUGUCUUCCCUGCUUUCCCCCAGCCCCCCGUUCUUUUUCUCAUCAAGGUAGAAUGUUCUCUGCCUCGUUUCUAAAUUGCAGAGGGAGGAACAGAAUGUUGGGCUGUUUUCCUUUUUCCUUCUGCCUCCUCAGUCCCCAAAGAGGAUACACAGCUGCAAGGAGCAAACACAGACACACUGAAGCUUUUGAUUCCUCCUUUUUUUUUUCCUUCAAGACCCUCCAGGAUGGAUUCACUUUCUGCUUGGGGAAAUUAAGUGGCAUUCACGUGGGGGAGGGGGAGUAACUGCUUUUAUUAGCUCCAGAAAAUGGUCACUGUUCAGUCUGUAACUAGGAAUUAAUUAUAUAUAAUCACUCAGUAAACUUUCUACAGAGUUUUUCUAAUUGCUGAGCCUGAACAUAGUUAGCCCGUUGGCGCCAAGUCCAGUUACUUUUAUAAUUAACAGCUCAAAGAUUUGAGUCAGAAAGAAAAGAAACAAUUGGGGGCCUCUUGGAUUAUAAAUUAGGGAUGAAAACAAUAGCUUUUUUUCCUUUCUUUCUUGUAACCCCUUUUCUUUUAAACAAAACAUUCCCCCUUUUCUUUCCCUGGGAGAACCAGUGGGGAGACUGCAUCAGGUCUUAAAUAGGAUAGGGUGGGGGGAGACACUUUUUAGGAAGCGGGUGGCAGUAACCUAACCUUUUUAGGAAGCGGGGUGAUAGAAAACCCAAGGUAGGUUUUUAAAAGUCCAGCCACUUCCAAUGUGUGAUGUCUUUGUUUCUUUUGCCCUCUUUCCCCUUCUCUCUCCUGUGGCAGAGGCAGCAGACAUUUGUCAGCCUGGGAACCCUCAAUCUGGCUUUGCCUCUGAUUGACCCUGGAAGAAAGAUACAUUCAAAGGGGCCUUCGCUACUGCACAGCAGAGAUUUAAAAAGGGAAUAUGUUUCGAAGCCCUUUGGUUGCUCUUAAAAUGCAAAAUCUGAGCAAGGGUUCACCCUUGGCUUCAGGUUGCUAAGAUUAUGGUCGCCCUCCCCCCCACUUCCCACUCCCCUUGCAGGCAAACAAGCAGGCAGUGGCCAUGCCAGCUCUGCAGCCAGUGUGCUGCCAGCCUGCCCCCCCAUCCAGAUUGCCUACCUACUGGCCGGUGGGGGCCAGUGGCCCGUUCUUGCCCUGGCAUGGCCUUGGGCGCCAUGCCCUCCUUUCUCCCCUGGAGCUAAAAAGGAGUCACCUUGAAACUCCUCACUCCCAGCACCAGAGGAGUUCUGAGGCCAGUGCUCAGACCUGUAACAGUAAAUGACGUUAUCUACUCAGGCUGAGAGUUCGGCCUCUGAAAGCGGGUUUUGUAAAACCCAUUGUUAAUUCUCAGGCUCUGUUGGGGGUGGUCAGAAAUCUAAUGUGUGAGUAUCCUAUGCAUUGGAUAAGGGAAUGUUUUCCCUGUGUUUCUCCUCUGCAGACUCGGAUUGUCUUUCCUUGAUGUUAACUAUCUUAGAACUGGCUGCUUCAGAGGGCUGGGUAUUUGGCUGUUUGCAGGCUUAUAAACAGUAUUUUGAUUUUACCUUGGCCACAGACUGAAGUGCAGCCCUUUAGGUUGGCUUUUCAGAUGCCUGCUGUCCUUGAAGCACUUUCAUUUUACCUAGCUCCUUUUUGGUAUGAAUGCAAAGCUGGUUUCUAAUAGACUGAGAAGAGAAGGGGGACCCGGCUUCCUCCUCGCCUCUCCCCAGCCUGCUCCCUGGGAACAUUUUUCUGUUUGCACAGACACCUGUCCGUCUGCAGUUUGUGCCAUGGGGCUGCACAAUUCCUAACCUUCUACCCACCUAAUUUGAAGGCAAGGGGGCCUCAUCACAGAGCCUCAUGUUGAAGGCUCAGGAUCUGCAAGAGAAAGCUUUUCCUUAGGAACCUGUGACUUCACAAACUCUCCCUGUCAUUGCAGAGUUUUUUUUAAGCUUCUAAACGUUGGGUUGUUGGUGUCCUCUGGUUCAGCUUUUCCUAGUUCUGGUAUUUAGGAAGGUGGCUUUGAAACUAGCAGGGCUGCUUAAACAAGAGCUACAGCUAUUGAACAAACUGCUACCAUUUUAGCUUCAACACAGGAAUGAGGCAGUGUUGCCAGACGCCAUUUUAAGAAUCCUGCAUAAAUAGCUUAGCUACCGAUGACUCUGCCUGUUUUAGCUUGGCUGAAGAGGAAGUAAAAGCAGAACAGGAGGUGGUAGAGGGCAUGGAUAUCUCUACUCGCUCCAAAGAUCCUGGCUCUGCAGAGAGAACAGCCCAGAAAAGAAAGUUCCCCAGCCCUCCACAUUCUUCCAAUGGCCAUUCGCCGCAGGACACAUCAACAAGCCCCAUUAAAAAGAAAAAGAAACCUGGCUUACUGAACAGUAACAAUAAGGAGCAGUCAGAACUAAGACAUGGUCCGUUUUACUAUAUGAAGCAGCCACUCACCACAGACCCUGUUGAUGUUGUACCGCAGGAUGGACGGAAUGAUUUCUACUGCUGGGUUUGUCACCGGGAAGGCCAAGUCCUUUGCUGUGAGCUCUGUCCCCGGGUUUAUCACGCUAAGUGUCUGAGACUGACAUCGGAACCAGAGGGGGACUGGUUUUGUCCUGAAUGUGAGAAAAUUACAGUAGCAGAAUGCAUCGAGACCCAGAGUAAAGCCAUGACAAUGCUCACCAUUGAACAGUUAUCCUACCUGCUCAAGUUUGCCAUUCAGAAAAUGAAACAGCCAGGGACAGACGCAUUCCAGAAGCCCGUUCCUUUGGAACAGCACCCUGACUAUGCGGAAUACAUCUUCCAUCCAAUGGACCUUUGUACAUUGGAAAAGAACGCGAAAAAGAAAAUGUAUGGCUGCACAGAAGCCUUCCUGGCUGAUGCAAAGUGGAUUUUGCACAACUGCAUUAUUUAUAAUGGGGGAAAUCACAAAUUGACGCAAAUAGCGAAAGUAGUCAUCAAAAUCUGUGAACAUGAGAUGAAUGAAAUUGAAGUAUGUCCAGAAUGUUAUCUAGCUGCUUGCCAAAAACGAGAUAACUGGUUUUGUGAGCCUUGUAGCAAUCCACAUCCUUUGGUCUGGGCCAAACUGAAGGGGUUUCCAUUCUGGCCUGCAAAAGCUCUGAGGGAUAAAGACGGGCAGGUCGAUGCCCGAUUCUUUGGACAACAUGACAGGGCCUGGGUUCCAAUAAAUAAUUGCUACCUCAUGUCUAAAGAAAUUCCUUUUUCUGUGAAAAAGACUAAGAGCAUCUUCAACAGUGCCAUGCAAGAGAUGGAGGUUUAUGUGGAGAACAUCCGCAGGAAGUUUGGUGUUUUUAACUACUCUCCGUUCAGGACACCCUACACGCCCAACAGCCAGUACCAAAUGCUGCUCGAUCCCAGCAACCCCAGCGCCGGCACAGCCAAGAUAGACAAGCAGGAGAAGGUCAAGCUCAACUUCGACAUGACGGCGUCCCCCAAAAUCCUGAUGAGCAAGCCCGUGCUGAGCGGGGGCACGGGCCGCCGGAUUUCCUUGUCUGACAUGCCGCGCUCCCCCAUGAGCACAAACUCUUCCGUGCACACGGGCUCCGACGUGGAGCAGGAUGCUGAGAAGAAGGCCACUUCGAGCCACUUCAGCGCGAGCGAGGAGUCCAUGGACUUCCUGGAUAAGAGCACAGCUUCACCAGCCUCCACCAAGGCAGGCCAAGCAGGGAGUUUAUCCGGCAGCCCGAAGCCCUUCUCUCCUCAACUGUCAACUCCUGUCACGACGAAAAUGGACAAAACAUCCACCACCGGCAGCAUCCUGAAUCUUAACCUGGAUCGAAGCAAAGCAGAGAUGGAUUUGAAGGAGCUGAGUGAGUCGGUCCAGCAACAGUCUACCCCCGUUCCUCUCAUCUCUCCCAAGCGCCAGAUUCGUAGCAGGUUCCAGCUGAAUCUUGACAAGACCAUAGAGAGUUGCAAAGCACAAUUAGGCAUCAAUGAAAUCUCGGAAGAUGUUUACACGGCUGUAGAGCACAGUGACUCGGAGGAUUCUGAGAAGUCAGAUAGCAGCGAUAGUGAGUAUAUCAGUGAUGACGAGCAGAAGGCCAAGAAUGAACCAGAAGACGCAGAGGACAAAGAGGGUUGUCAGUUGGACAAAGAGCCAUCUGCUGUCAAAAAAAAGCCCAAGCCUACAAACCCAGUGGAGAUUAAGGAGGAGCUGAAAAGCACAUCACCAGCCAGCGAGAAGGCAGACCCUGCAGCAGUAACAGUCAAGGACAAGGCCAGCCCUGAGCCGGAGAAGGACUUUUCUGAAAAGGCAAAGCCUUCACCUCACCCCACAAAAGAUAAACUGAAGGGAAAAGAUGAGACAGAUUCCCCAACAGUCCAUUUGGGCCUGGACUCCGACUCAGAGAGUGAACUUGUCAUAGAUUUAGGAGAAGACCAUUCUGGGCGGGAGGGUCGAAAAAAUAAGAAGGAACCCAAAGCACCAUCUCCGAAACAGGAUGUUGUAGGUAAAGCGCCACCAUCCACGACGGCGGGCAGCCAGUCUCCCCCGGAAACGCCUGUGCUCACCCGCUCUUCCGCCCAAACUCCCGCGGCUGGCGCCACAGCCACCACCAGCGCGCCCUCCUCCGUCACCGUCACGGCCCCGGCCCCCGCCGCUGCAGGAAGCCCGGUGAAAAAGCAGAGGCCGCUUUUACCGAAGGAGACUGCCCCGGCCGUGCAGCGGGUCGUGUGGAACUCAUCAAGUAAGUUUCAAACGUCCUCCCAAAAGUGGCACAUGCAGAAGAUGCAGCGUCAGCAGCAGCAGCAGCAGCAGCAAAACCAGCAGCAGCAGCCUCAGUCUUCCCAGGGGACGAGAUAUCAGACCAGACAGGCUGUGAAAGCUGUCCAGCAGAAGGAGAUCACACAGAGCCCAUCCACGUCCACCAUCACCCUGGUGACCAGCACACAGUCAUCGCCCCUGGUCACCAGCUCAGGGUCCAUGAACACCCUCGUUUCCUCAGUCAACGCUGACCUGCCCAUCGCCACCGCCUCAGCUGAUGUCGCCGCCGAUAUUGCCAAGUACACUAGCAAAAUGAUGGACGCAAUAAAAGGAACAAUGACAGAAAUAUACAACGAUCUUUCUAAAAACACUACUGGAAGCACAAUAGCUGAGAUCCGCAGGCUGAGGAUCGAGAUAGAGAAGCUCCAGUGGCUGCACCAGCAAGAGCUCUCCGAAAUGAAACACAACUUGGAGCUGACCAUGGCGGAGAUGCGGCAGAGCCUGGAGCAGGAGCGGGACCGGCUCAUCGCCGAGGUGAAGAAGCAGCUGGAGCUGGAGAAGCAGCAGGCGGUGGACGAGACUAAGAAGAAGCAGUGGUGCGCCAACUGCAAGAAGGAGGCCAUCUUUUACUGCUGUUGGAACACCAGCUACUGCGACUACCCCUGCCAACAAGCCCACUGGCCCGAGCACAUGAAGUCCUGUACUCAGUCAGCUACUGCUCCUCAGCAGGAAGCGGAUGCUGAAGUGAACACAGAAACACUAAACAAAUCGUCCCAGGGGAGCUCCUCGAGCACACAGUCGGCACCUUCAGAAACGGCCAGUGCCUCCAAAGAGAAGGAGACGUCAGCUGAGAAAAGCAAGGACAGUGGCUCGACCCUCGAUCUUUCUGGCUCCAGGGAGACGCCCUCCUCCGUUCUCUUGGGCUCCAACCCAGGCUCUGUUAGCAAAAGGUGUGACAAGCAACCUGCCUAUGCCCCAACCACCACAGACCACCAGCCGCACCCCAACUACCCCGCCCAGAAGUACCAUUCCCGGAGUAGCAAAUCCAGCUGGAGCAGCAGCGAUGAAAAGAGGGGAUCGGCACGUUCCGAGCACAACACCAGUACCAGCACAAAGAGUCUCCUCCCGAAAGAGUCUCGGCUAGACACCUUCUGGGACUAGCAGCAAAUCGGGUCACAAACCGUCCAUCCCAUGGGGAGAAAAACCCAGACGCCAGGAAAAGGAGAAAUGACAAAGACAGGAGAACAGCCACCUUCAGAUUGGAGAAUGACGAACCCUCAGACGGGCCUGAGAUCCCGGCGCAGGGGCUUUUACACUACAGGACGCCCUGCAUCGGCUUUGACUGCGGACCGUUCACCCACAUGAGCCCUGUGCGUUAAGUGUAAAUAAUGUACAAUUUGUGGAUGCCACUGAACCUAGAGGACCUUCCCCUUUUUAUAUUUGUAUUAACUUUAACUUAUAAAAAAGAAAAAAACAAUUACAAAAACAAAAAAACAACCCCAACAACAAAAAGAAUGUUCUGGUGUUGAAGAAGGGAUGGUCAGUUAGUCCAUACGUCACACAAUGGAAUGGAAGCUGGGCCCGGGGAUGGCUUUCACACUCACGUCCUCAUCCUUGGUUACCCGGGGAGGGAGGGGGCAGCCGUUUUCACUCACGCAUCUGUACUCAGCAUGCUGGGAUCAGGAGUUCUGGCACAGACUCUACCCCAUGAAGCCAUUGGCUCCUUUCAGCUACUACGUUACAAUGUUCCUAAAACGCAAGCUCUCUGGACCAGAUGGACACAGGGAGAAGCUAGUUUAUUUCAUGUGAUUUAAAUGAUUCUACUCCUAAAAGGGAAAACACACGAGGUCCUUGUUUACAGAAGAGAAACAGAAACAAGCCCCAUUUAGCUCCAUUGCAGAAGAGGAGAGCAUAGAAAGUGUUAGGAUCAUGAACUCUGGAAAAAAAAAAAAAAAAUCUUUGCUUUGCUUUUGUGAUUCCUUUAAACACACACUCACACACUUGGUCAGAGACGCUGCGCUUCCUGGAAGCGAGGACUCAGAGGCAAGGCGCACGCAGAGGACAUUCGAGUCUGGGAUGAAGCAUGUACGUAUUAUUUAUAUGAUGGAAUUUCACGUUUUUAUGUAAGCAUGAAACAAAGGCAGUAUGAGAGAAAGCAACACCCCGUCAUGCUGUCCGUGACACUACGUAUGCUGUAGAACCAUUUUGUAUGUGUGUAAAACAAAAAGCAUUGAUCAAAAAGCAAAAGGUGAUGUAUGUAUAUGAGCAUAUUAACUGUACGAUGUCAUUCCAGUACGUUUUGUUGUACAUUUUAGUCUCGUUUACUUUCUCUUCAUUGUUAAGAGGAUGCGAACUGUACAGUUUCCAGCUAGUUCCCCAUAUUAGAGAAGAAAUACGAAGAGAGUAUUAGAAGAAAACAAAGAACAUUUGUGAAUUGCAGUUGUCAAAAAAAAAAAAAAUAGCCUAGCUGGCCUUAUUUGUGAAGCAUAAUUGCUUUUAGCAUAUGGAAGUAUUUUUUCACAUUUUCUUUGUAUAAAAUUUGUAUUAAACUUAAAUAUCUUUUUGA